AUGGGGUCAAUUAGCAAUGAAAUUGAUCAUGAAUUUCGCUUCUUCCGAGCAUACAAUGAUGGCCGAAUUGAAACAUUUUACAAGACCCAAAAGAUCCCACCUUCUACUGAUUCCAUUACCGGUGUCCAAUCCAAAGACGUUGUAAUUUCACCUGAAGUUUCGGCCCGGAUCUUCGUACCCAAGAUUCAUAACCCAACCCAAAAACUCCCCGUCCUCUUCUACAUCCAUGGCGGCGGGUUUUGCCUCGAAUCCGCCUUCUCUCCUAUGUUCCACAAACACCUCACCUUAUUGGCCCAUGAAUCCAAUGCAAUUGCGAUUUCGGUCGAAUACGGGCUGUUCCCAGAGCGGCCCAUACCCGCUUGCAACGAGGACUCAUGGGCCACACUCAAAUGGGUUGUAUCCCAUUCCACUUGCAAUGGCCCUGACCCAUGGUUGAACCAGUAUGCUGAGUUUGACUGGCCCAUGGUUGUAUCAUUUGUGCAAUUGUUAUAG